AUGUCCGUGGCCUGCUCGAUUCCGCCCAUCAGGAUCAGAAUUCCGGCGGAGCAGCGGCGGCGGAGGUGUUCCACCGCCGUUGUACGGAGCUCCAAUGCCGAAGGGCCCCUGAGGAGACCGGCGGCGCCGUCUCUUGCCCCUACGCCGCCCUCUCCUCCCGUUAAGCCAGCCGCCGCCCCCCCCCAGCCCCUUCCGUCGCCGGCGGUGGCGGCCCCGGCGCCGGUCUUCGCCGGCGACGGUGUGGUCACGCUGGAGUACCAGAGGAAGCGGGCCAAGGAGAUGCAGGAGUACUUUCGGCAGAAGAAGCUAGAGGAGGCCAACCAGGGCCCCUUCUUCGGCUUCCUCGGCAAGAACGAGAUCGCCAAUGGCAGGUAUGCCAACGCCUCCCUCUCCUUCCUCCUCUCUCUCCGAAAUCUCAGGAAUUUGGGUCUACUGGUUCUCACGAUGCAGAUGGGCCAUGUUCGGCUUCGCCGUCGGACUGCUCACAGAGUAUGCGACCGGUGCGGACUUCGUCCAGCAGCUGAAGAUCCUCUUCUCGAACUUCGGCAUCGUUGACCUGGACUGA